GGUUUGACAUACUGCUUAGAGGUUGUGGGGCAGUGGGACCACACAUCAGCCUAUAUUGACCCUGCUUAAUCAAUUUUGCUUGGUCAGUCAACAAUGAAUUCCUACUUAGAUUAUACGAUUUAUAACCGUGGUGCUAACACUUAUAGUUCAAAGGUUGCGUGUUUUCCUAUGGAGCAGGAAUACUUGCCAAGUGCUUGUGCAAGUACAAAUAGUUACAAUCCCGAGGGACGGCCAGUCGGAGGGAAUACUUUUACACCGGCAUCGCACGAAACACAUGGCACAACUUAUGCACAACUUCAUUCGCAGCAAUACCACAUCAAUGUGGACAUGGGGAAAACUGGACACCCCAAUUUUUGCAAGCAAACCCGACCUCCUCACUCGGACUAUGGACAUCAACAUGUACUCACGCAAGCAGAUGACCACAUGCGUCUUCAGUCCCCUGCUUUUUCUGUCGUGAACAUGGGAGCCAACAUUGGAACAUACAGUGAAUCUAACUGCAGGCCUGGCUCGGUCUCUGCAAGCCAUUAUCAGUCCUAUCCAUAUGGAGAACAUGAACCACCACACAGCUAUGGUUCGUUCAGCAAGUACCAGGUCUCUCCUGACAGUGAUAGCGACUCCAAGACGAACAUCAAUCAAGCGCCAACGUUUGACUGGAUGAAAGUCAAGAGAAACCCCCCUAAAACAGUUAAAGUCGAUGAAUAUGGGAUCCACGGCCAGCAGAAUAUAAUACGCACCAAUUUCACCACCAAGCAGCUCACCGAACUUGAGAAGGAGUUCCACUUCAACAAGUACCUGACCAAAGCACGCAGAGUAGAAGUGGCCGCCACCCUCGAACUGAACGAAACGCAGGUUAAAAUUUGGUUUCAGAAUCGCAGAAUGAAACAGAAGAAGCGUGAGAAGGAAGGAACGGCCCCGGUAAUUAAAUGUGCGACUCUUUGCUCUUCUAGUCAAAGCGCAGACAACUCAAACAGCUCAUCCCCGGGUGCUUCGCCUACCUCAGACUCUUCCACUGCUAUAUGAUGAUUACGUGCCUUUGUGGCAAACGAACUCAUGUUUCAUCAUUGUGCUGUGGAGAGCUAUUUAACUUAUUCUGCUGUCUUAGACAAAGCAUUAAAUAUCUGCUAGUGUGCAUGCGUGUUUUAUAUAUAACGCAAAAUAAAUAAUUUUGUUGCAUUAGAGCUACUGAAUUCAUGGUUCAAAAUGCAUUAACAGGGUAUAUUUUUUUCAGUUUUUUUUUUCAGUCAUCAGCUUGAU